UUGAAUUACUGUUGAUGAAAACAGUUUUGUUUUGCUAACUUUUUUAACGAGUGAGUGACUCGCCAUAUAUCUUCAAAGUGGGCCCUGCAUUCCGUAGUGUCCGUCAUAGAACUCUUUCACAAUGUAGGAUAAACAAAUGAGGUUUCUCAGAAAGGUAGGAAGUGAUGUUGCAUCGUUUUACCGACAGCAAACGCAUGGAAACGUUGGGUCUCUUAGCAUGUUUGUCAGACAUAUUUUUCGACGAAGUAAUUGCUGUUAUGGAAGUAAAAAAUACAGUUAUUGGAUCACUGGUCAUCAUUCACGACAUAUGUGCAGUGAAGGGCUAUCUGGAAACCCAUUAAAAACUGUUGCUAGCAUCCAAAAUCGUACCCGUAGUCUACUGAAAGCUUUAUGCGACGCACAAAAUGAGCAAUCCAAGCUGAUCAGRCUGGAAAUAUUCAACCAGCACAUUCUGACRUAUUUGAAUGCUGGUCGCAGCGAAGCUAUCAGAGCAGGAGCCUUGGAAAUCAUGUUGAAUAUAAAGAAUUCAAAGAAUAACGAGGUGAAAAAGGAAGCAAGGAAAGCACUGUCACUGUUAGGAUGGGUGGAGCCUGUAAAGAGUUGGGGUGUGAGAGUGCUAUGCAUUGAUGGAGGAGGAUCAAGGGGUAUUGUUCCAAUUGAAACCCUCAAAAGAAUUGAAGACUUGUGCAAUAAAGGAAUCCAUGAACUAUUUGAUCUUAUUUGUGGUGUAUCAACUGGUGCUAUACUAGCUGUGCUUCUUGCAAUACAGARGAUGCCACUGGAUGAGUGUGAAUAUGUGUAUAAGAACAUGAGCAUGAAUCUGUUUGAACAAAACUCUCUGAUUGGAACGGGAAAGUUGUUCUGGACUCAUGCUUUCUAUGAUACUGAACGACUGGAAAAUAUUUUAAAAUCCUAUAGUGGAGAGCUGAAGCUCAUUGAAACAGCUUGUUAUGAAUCUACACCAAAGGUUGUGCUUGUAUCAACAAUUGUCAAUCAGCCAGUGCUCAGGCCACAUGUGUUCUGCAACUACACUCAUCCCUUUGGUUCUUCACCAAGAUUCUCCAGUGGAUGUCAACAUAAAAUAUGGGAAGCACUUAAAGCAUCUUCUGCUGCUCCUGGGUUCUUUGAAGAAUGCAAACUUGGCACAGAUAUUCAUCAGGAUGGAGGUCUUCUUACCAACAACCCCUGUUCAAUAGCAAUACAUGAGUCGAGGUUAUUAUGGCCAACCACUCCUUUUCAGUGUGUUUUGUCACUUGGGACAGGAUUGUAUAAGGGUAGACUAGGGUCAAGUACUCCUCGGUUCAGCAGUCUCAGGGAAAAACUGCUCAAGGUUGUAGCCAGCGCUACAGACACAGAAGCUGUUGACACUGUGUUACGAGAUCUCCUCCCCAAAUCAACUUACUACCGCUGCAACCCAAGUUUAUCAGAAGAUGUCCCAAUGGAURAGUGUCGCCCUGAGAUGAUAGAACAAGUACAGAUUGAUACCAAGACUUAUCUGGAAAAGAACAGGUUGUUACUUGAAAMAGCAGCACAAGCACUGAUGAAGCCAAAGACUCUUACUCAAAGGUUACAAGAUAAGUGGUCCAAAUAUAACAGAUGGUCCAGUUGAUACAACUCCAACGUAAUUGCCCACUUCUGAGAUGUGCUUCACUUGUUACGCACAGGUUUCAAAUCAAGGUUUUGUGCAUAAUGAUCAGUGAUUCAUGACAGCUGGAGAAAAGAAUUUGACUUAUUUUAGCACAGUCUCAUUCUGAAAACCUUCAUGUGUGACAAGCAAAGCAUAUCUCAGAAGUGGACUAUAUGAUGGGUGAUUUUUUUGGGGAAAGGAUCAUGAGACUUGAAAAUUUUAAUGUCAUUUUGGAAGAAAAAUUUAACAUAUUCAGUUUGGAAGAAAAAUUUKAUUUAAGAUCAAAAUAAUCUUCUACCAUAUUCUCUAAUCACAAUACAGUAACAUUUCUUACUACAGGCUCUUGUUCAACUUAUACAAGCAGUUUUUGGGUUACUGGUAAUAUUUGUAAGUUUGUAGAGAUUGUAAUCAGUGAAAACACAUUUUAAACUUUUGGAGAUAAACAUCGUACUUUAUUGCAA